GAUCUGCUUGAUAAUCCUGGUUAGCGCAAUAGUUAUACCACGAGAGCACAUGAAUACUCUGUGCUGUUUCCUCUCACCUGGAAACUGGCUUCUCCCUCGAUCGCUCGGCUACAUCUCCAACACUUCCUCAUCCUCUCCGCUUCCGCAGGAGAAGUAACAAGACUCUUUGUUCCUUCCAUUCAACUAGCUUUCCUACCAUCGAAACAGCAUCCUCGAUUCCUCAUACGCUCAGACAAGACUACGACUCAAACUCGGGUGCUAAAAUGGAGGAAGAACUGAGCGAAGAAGAGCAAGUCUUUCGACAAAAUCUCCUCGAGCGCAUCGACGGAAUCAAAGCGGCAGGAUCCUUUGCAACUGGCAGUGUUCUUGAUUCCUGCCCGAUCCCAGGCAUCUGCGUGGAUAGCGGAGAGCCUAUUGCAGUACCGCUGUCGGAAGAAGCAGCUCAAAAUCUUGCCAGCAAAAGUGAUAAGGCACCCUUUGGCAAGCGUCAAGAAACGCUAGUCGACGAGACGGUGAGAAAGACGUUGCAGAUUAGCGCAGAGAGAAUCACCUUCCGGAAUCUUCAAUGGGAUGGUUUUGUCAACAAACUUGUCGAGCGUGUUGUUCAAGAGCUUGGAGUACCACCACCUGCUGGUGCCGGAACCAAUGUUCGUGCCGAGCUAUACAAGCACCUUCUCUACGAACCAGGAGCCAUGUUCAAGCCUCACAAAGAUACUGAGAAGAGCCCAGGCAUGUUUGGAACACUAGUUAUCUGCCUUCCUUCAGAACAUACGGGCGGCACAGUAUGCUUGCAGCACGGGGAAGAUUCAUUAGAACUGUCUACGGCUGAGACCUCAGCGUAUGGUUCCUAUUACCUUGCUUGGUAUACAGAUGUCACCCAUGAGAUCAAGCCAGUCCAGACAGGAUACAGAUGGGUCCUUACGUAUAACCUCAUCAUCGAUUACGAGUGCCCUCGCCUUUCAGCCUCGGUGCUGGAUUCUCAGAUCCAAAAUCUGGUAGAAGCCCUGUCACCGUGGGAAACGCUACAAUAUCCGCCAGACUUUCUUGCCUAUCCUCUCGAUCAUCAGUACACGCCAAGAAACUUGCGUCUUUCUAGCCUGAAAGGCCUCGAUUACCAACGCGUUCGCUGCCUUGCCAACAGCUGUGACCGGCACGGCGGAUUCUACCUGUUCCUUGCCCAGCUCGACAAGUACAGGAGUUGGCCAAACGACGAGGAGGGUGAAUACAACAUGACUUGCCGGAAGUAUCUGCACCAUGUCUGCAGCCUCGAGGGCUUCGAGCUAUCUCCACUAGAGGUGGACAUACACAAGACCUCGCUUUUGGACUCCAUCAGCUAUGAAAGAGACCCGGACUUUCGCGCCGGCGGAGAAUAUAUGGGAAACCAACAUGGUGACAUAGAGGAAACCUACUCGGACAUGGUGCUUGUUAUUGUACGGACAGACUCCCUGUAUGCCCCCCUCUUUGACCCGGAUUCUCCUCAAGAUGCGGGCAAAGUUAUGAAGCAUUUACAAGCGGGUAUCAACGACAGCAACAAGACGACGCUGCAAAGAAUACUUCUCCGCCUUUGCCGCAUAAUCUUGGAUCAAGGGUUUGCCGCCGGGGCGGCGAACGAUGCGUACCUCGGUUAUGCUGCAGUCACCGCUGCAUUUCUCGGCAAUUGGCCUCUCUUCGAGGAAGCGCGGAAAAGAACUCUCAACGCCUGGAAUUAUGACUCUUGGUCUGCACUUGGUGGACUCAUUGAUCUCCAAGAUCCCCCAGUUGAGGUAGACGACAUCUUCAGGUCCUUGAUAAAAUGUGGCACGUUCUGCCGUAUCUACAAGAGUCUAACCCAUUUCUACAACGGGUUUCGUGGAAACAGCGUCGGUCAAAAAGACCCAGCGAAGGCGGAGUACUGGAAGCAGUGGUACAGCGACACACUGAUUAAGACGCUUGAUAUGUGCGACAAUUGCAGGGGAGAGGAAGACGCUGCCACAAUCAAAGAAAUUGUUAUGGACCUCAAAAUCCAAUACACACCAGAACAGCGGUAAGAUAAUCCGAGUUCCUCUGUAUUUGGGUUCUAGCAUCCUCUGUCAACUAGUGGAGUCAAGGAAUUCGUGAAUGCACUGAACGUCGAGCUCCUCCUCGAACUAUCGAAUCCGAAAAAUGUCCGGAAGGAAUUCCUCCGCAACCUAUUUGGCGUUAUUUCAAAAUUCGCAAUCUCGACGUUC